ACUGUCGGCGGUAAGCAGCUUGUUGUGAUUUGGUAAAAUACAUUGCAAAAUCUCGUAAUAAAGAACUUCUUUAUAACACUGAUAAUUCUCCAGAGAAAAGAUUAUAGAAGCACAUAUGGCAAAUAAGCGGAUAUCAUGUGUUUUGCUGGUUGGUCUUCUUACGGUUAUCAGUAACUCCAUAGGCAAAGAAUCUCUCGACGACGAAUGGGAAUCUUUUAAGAGCGAACAUUCGAAAUCAUAUGAAAGUGAAACAGAAGAAGUCUAUCGCAAGUCUAUUUUCAUAGCGAAUAAAAUUUUGAUUGACCAACACAAUAAUCUUUAUUAUGAUGGAGAGAUUUCGUACGAAGUAGCAUUAAAUGCAUACAGUGAUUUAACUGACAGUGAAUUUUCUUCACAAAUGAAGGGAUAUAAGCACCAUAGCGGCCGGAACAAACGAUAUUAUUCUAGAGGAGCAAGGACCCAAUUCACUGGAUCAAGCAAUGCGACUAUACCAGAACAUGUCGAUUGGAGAGACAAGGGAGCUGUUACUGAAGUAAAAGAUCAAAAUCCAUGUGGCUCAUGCUGGGCAUUCGCCGCCACGGGGGCAUUAGAAUCGCAACACUUCAUCAAGACGGGUAAAUUGGUGCCUUUUUCUGAGCAAAAUCUCAUCGAUUGCUCACAAUCGUAUGGAAAUGAAGGUUGCAACGGCGGUUGGGUGGAUUCAGCUUACAAAUACAUAAAAGAUAAUGUCGGAAUUAAUCUCGAAGGAUGCUAUCCAUACGAAGCCAAAGACAAUGUUUGCAGAUACAAUCCAAAAAGUUCAGCCACCACCAUUGAUGGUUACAUGGUCAUUCCAGAAGGUGAUGAAAAGAAAUUGACAGAGGCCAUUGCCACUGUCGGUCCAAUCUCUGUUUACAUUGAUUCGACAGGUUUGGCCUUCCGACAUUUAAGCAGAGGCAUUUACACGAAUGAAAAUUGCAGUCUGCUGAAUUUGGAUCACGCUGUUCUAGCGGUUGGAUACGGAACUGAUGAAAAUGGACAAGACUAUUAUAUCGUAAAAAAUAGCUGGGGCGAAUCGUGGGGAAAUAAUGGUUAUAUCAAAAUGGCUCGCAACAAAAAUAAUCACUGCGGCAUUGCGUCUGUGGGUAUCUAUCCACUUGUUUAAACUCUCGACUUUUAAACGAUUCUCUUGUUUAGUAUUUCGAAUCAAUUUGAUCGUUGGAAAAGUGAAAAAAUUUCAAAUUCAAUUGAAAAAAUCCUAUUGUUUGAAUCCAAUUAAAUUGAAUUCAAUGAUUU